CUUUCUUUCUUCAAUACAUACUAGUAAUCAGCCAUUGUGAGCUUGGCAGUUCUCAGAUACUGAACUCAACGUACCCAAUUUGUAAAAGUUGCAUUAGAUUAGAACCCAAUUCUCAUCUUCAUCAAUAUUGAUAUAUCAGCAUUGCAGAGAUGAGAUUCGUCAUGUCAGUUCUCUACUUUCUUGUAUUCUUUUCUUAUGCAGCUGCAUAUGAUCCAUUGGAUCCCAACGGGAACAUAACAAUAAAAUGGGAUAUAAUGUCCUGGACCCCAGAUGGCUAUGUGGCAGUUGUGACAAUGAACAAUUUUCAGAUGUACCGGCACAUCAUGAGCCCUGGCUGGACCUUAGGAUGGACAUGGGCUAAAAAAGAGGUGAUAUGGUCUAUGGUGGGGGCUCAAACCACCGAGCAAGGUGACUGCUCCAAAUUCAAAGGGAAUGUCCCACAUUGUUGCAAGAAGAAUCCUACUGUUGUAGAUUUGCUUCCUGGUGUGCCUUACAACCAGCAAUUUCAGAACUGCUGCAAAGGUGGGGUGGUGUCAUCAUGGGGCCAAGACCCCACAUCUUCUGUAUCGUCUUUCCAGGUCAGCAUUGGGCUUGCUGGGACUUCAAACAAGACUGUGAAACUUCCCAAGAACUUCACUUUGCUAGGUCCAGGACCGGGGUAUACCUGUGGCCCUGCCAAGAUCGUGCCUCCCACCAAUUUUCUCACCCCUGAUCGUCGCAGGAAGACUCAGGCACUGAUGACAUGGAACGUGACUUGCACUUAUUCACAAUUUCUAGCCCGGAAACAUCCAAGUUGUUGUGUCUCCUUCUCAUCCUUCUACAAUGAAACAAUCACUCCUUGUCCUUCCUGUGCUUGUGGUUGUGAAAACAAAAACAAAUGCAUCAAGAGUGAUUCCAAACUUCUUAGUGUGGUUGGAGUGAACACACCAAGAAAAGAUAAUACACCACUGUUGCAGUGCACACAUCACAUGUGCCCGGUUCGGGUGCACUGGCAUGUGAAGCUAAACUACAAGGAUUAUUGGCGUGUGAAGGUCGCGAUAACAAACUUUAACUACCGGAUGAACUACACACUCUGGACACUAGUUGCUCAGCAUCCUAAUCUCAACAACGUAACUCAAGUCUUUAGCUUCGAUUACAAACCUCUUGUUCCCUAUGAGUCCAUCAAUGACACAGGAAUGUUCUAUGGGAUGAAGUUCUAUAAUGACUUGCUAAUGGAGGCUGGGCCAUUUGGAAAUGUUCAGUCAGAGGUGCUUAUGCAGAAGGACCAGAACACUUUCACAUUCAAGCAAGGAUGGGCGUUUCCCCGGAAAGUCUACUUCAAUGGCGAUGAAUGCAUGCUACCCCCACCCGAUACAUACCCAUUUCUACCAAAUUCUGCUUAUCAGAAAAUAUUUGGGAUCUCAACUGUAAUUUAUUCGAUGCUUUUCUUGUUGAUUGGACUCUGGUGAUUGUUUUCACAAAGUUUAAUAAGCAGGAUGAGAUCUACAACACCAAGAUAACGCUGGAACCCAGGUACACGUUUAAAAAUUCUUUGCAGAAAACAGAACGAGCUUGAGUCAUUCAAAUGUAGUGUGAUAAUGAUGAGUUUAUAAAUGGGAAAACUAGAUAUGAACACUUUAUAAUGAAAUCUUGAAGUGCUUUUAAUUUUUAA